AUGAUAUACUGUAUUCUAUGCCGUGCCACGCCAUGCAAUUCUAUAUUCUGGACUGUACCACACCAUACAGUCCUAUAUUCUGCACCGUACCCCACCAUGCAAUUCUAUAUUCUGUACAAUACUACACCACACAAUUCUUCCUACAUUCUGUACCGUACCCCACCACGCAAUUCUUUACCGUACCCCACUAUACAGUCCUACAUUCUGUACCGUACCCCACCACGCAAUUCUGUACCGUACCCCACCACGCAGUCUUAUAUUCUGUACCGUACCCCACCAUACAGUCCUAUAUUCCGUACCGUACCCCACCACGCAAUUCUGUACCGUACCCCACCAUACAGUCCUAUAUUCCGUACCGUACCCCACCAAGCAAUUCUGUACCGUACCACACCACCCAAUUCAGUACCGUACCCCACCAUACAGUCCUACAUUCUGUACCGUACCCCACCACGCAAUUCUGUACCGUACCACACCACCCAAUUCAGUACCGUACCCCACCAUACAGUCCUAUAUUCUGUACCGUACCCCACCAUACAGUCCUAUAUUCCGUACCGUACCCCACCACGCAAUUCUGUACCGUACCCCACCAUACAGUCCUAUAUUCUGUACCGUACCACAUCAUACAGUCCUAUAUUCCGUACCGUACCCCACCACGCAAUUCUGUACCGUACCACACCACCCAAUUCAGUACCGUACCCCACCAUACAGUCCUAUAUUCUGUACCGUACCACAUCAUACAGUCCUAUAUUCUGUACCGUACCACAUCAUACAGUCCUAUAUUCUGUACCGUACCACAUCAUACAGUCCUAUAUUCUGUACCGUACCACAUCAUACAGUCCUAUAUUCUGUACCGUACCACAUCAUACAGUCCUAUAUUCUGUACCGUACCACAUCAUACAGUCCUAUAUUCCGUACCGUACCACAUCAUACAGUCCUAUAUUCCGUACCGUACCACAUCAUACAGUCCUAUAUUCCGUACCGUACCACAUCAUACAGUCCUAUAUUCCGUACCGUACCACAUCAUACAGUCCUAUAUUCCGUACCGUACCACAUCAUACAGUCCUAUAUUCCGUACCGUACCACAUCAUACAGUCCUAUAUUCCGUACCGUACCACAUCAUACAGUCCUAUAUUCCGUACCGUACCACAUCAUACAGUCCUAUAUUCCGUACCGUACCACAUCAUACAGUCCUAUAUUCCGUACCGUACCACAUCAUACAGUCCUAUAUUCCGUACCGUACCACAUCAUACAGUCCUAUAUUCCGUACCGUACCACAUCAUACAGUCCUAUAUUCCGUACCGUACCACAUCAUACAGUCCUAUAUUCCGUACCGUACCACAUCAUACAGUCCUAUAUUCCGUACCGUACCCCACCAAGCAAUUCUGUACCACGCUAUCUCAUUCCAUAUCACGCUAUCGUCACUAA